ACUCGAGGUUCUCAACUGUCACGAUGAAGUUCAGUUUGUUGGUUCUUUUUACGUGCCUAUUCGCUUUCGUAGCCUCUUUUAUAACUUUUAAAAAUCCGGAAUGCGGUGAGCCACAUUCAACAAAUGGUGCUAACCAUACCCCCGUAUGUCGGGCGUAUUGGCCCAGCUGGAGCUAUAAUGCAAAUACCAAGGAAUGCGUGAGUUUUGUCUACGGAGGAUGUAAUGGUAAUGACAAUCGCUUCGAUUCUAAAGAGACUUGCGAAAAAACUUGCCUGGAAUAAAUACUUUAUGGCUUUGACAAUA